AUGGCUAUCCACCAAAGGUACUCGUCAUCCUCUCCAGAUGCAGACACGAUGGAGAAGCACGCCCAAGAGCAGACUCUUUCGACCAUGGACAGCCAAAGAGGAGUUCGCGGUGUCGAAGUACAGGAGGGAAGUCGACUGCAUCGCGGACUCAAGGCCAGACAUAUCACCAUGAUUGCCAUCGGUGGUGCCAUCGGAACUGGACUGAUUAUCGGAACGGGCAAGGCUCUCGCUCAAGCAGGCCCAGGCUCGAUCUUCAUCUCCUACACCGUUGUUGGCUUCCUCGUCUACCUCGUCAUGUGCGCGCUUGGUGAAAUGGCAGCUUGGUUGCCGUUGUCGUCAGGCUUCACUGGCUAUGCCGUCCGGUUUUGCGACCCUGCAUUGGGCUUCUCUCUGGGAUACACCUAUUGGUUCAAAUACAUCAUCGUCACACCUAAUCAGCUCACCGCAGGGGCACUGAUCAUUCAGUACUGGGUGGACCGCGAUCGCGUCAAUCCCGGCGUCUUUAUUGCCGUAUUCUGGGUCGCCAUCGUUUGCAUCAACUACUUUGGCAUCCGCUUCUUUGGCGAGUUCGAAUUCUGGCUCUCGACGAUCAAGGUCAUUGUCAUUAUCGGCGUCAUCAUCCUCUCCCUCGUGCUCGCCUUGGGAGGAGGACCAGACCACGACCGCAAGGGUUUCCGGUACUGGAAUGACCCUGGCGCAUUCGCCGAGUACAUCGACGAGGGCGCUACAGGCCGUUUCCUCGCGUUCUGGUCAACGAUGGUCACCGCGACAUUCGCCUAUCUCGGAACUGAACUUGUAGGCGUGACGGUCGGCGAAGCGCAGAAUCCGCGAAAGACCAUCCCCCGCGCCAUCAAACUGACCUUCUACCGGAUACUGUUCUUCUACUGCCUGAGCGUUCUCCUCCUGGGGAUGCUCGUGCCUUACAACAGUGAAGAAUUGGCCUUUGCCAACAAAGCCUCCUCCUCCGCCUCGGCCUCCCCCUUCGUGGUCGCCGUCAAAAUCGCCGGCAUCAAGGCCCUCCCCGGCAUCCUCAACGGCUGUAUUCUGUUGUUUGUCUUCUCGGCAUCCAAUUCCGACCUGUACAUCGCCAGCCGGACGCUGUACGGUCUUGCAUGCGAAGGCAACGCGCCCCGACUGUUCAAGCGCACCGACGCGCGAGGCGUGCCCAUCUUCGCCCUGGGCCUCUCCGCGGCCUUUGCGCUCCUGGCAUUCAUGAAUGUCUCGGACGACAGCAAGAUCGUGUUUGGUUAUUUCGUCAACCUGACCACAAUUUUUGGACUCCUGACCUGGAUCUCCAUCCUCGUCACGCACAUCUACUUUGUGAAGGCGCGGCGGGCGCAAAACGUACCGGACACGGCCUUGGCAUUCACAGCACCGCUGGGCAUCGCCGGCUCAUACGGCGCGUUGGCCCUCUGCAUCCUGAUCGCGCUGACGAAGAAUUUCAACGUCUUCGUCCACUCUCCCUCGACGUACGGGGACUUUGACUACAAGAACUUCAUCACGGGAUACCUCGGCAUUCCGCUGUACUUGAUCAUGAUCUUGGGGUACAAGCUGAUCAUGAAGUCCAAGGGCGUGAAGCCCGAAACUGCCGACCUCUUCUCUGGGAAGGACAUCAUCGAUAGAGAAGAGGAAGAGUUCCUGGCCGAGAAGGCGAGGCGGGACGCGCUGAGGAAAGGAUCCGUUGGCAAGAAGGGUGGCUGGUUCUAUCGCCGGUUUGUCUCCUGGUUGUUCUAG